AUGCCAGCGGCAGUCCCUUCAAUGUCCAUUGCGCCCUUGAUCGUCACGAGCACGACAGGAACCACCAUCCAAGCCCUCGACUACCUGACGGGGGAGACGUCCGGAAUGGCCACCGUGAUGUCCACGCACAGCGACCGCAAGACGACCGAGAAGAAGGAGAAGAAGACCAGGAGGCAUUGGUGGUCGCGCAUCCGGAGAGGAAGGCCGUGCCGCGAGAUGAAGACGCUGGAGACGGCACAGCCGAGUCGGAGCCCGAGUCGGGGUCGGGGUCGGAGUCCCCGGCCGCUCGACGAUGAUAUGUUCCCCAGGACGAUCCGCAGCGGCAGUUCUCAGUCCCUGCCGACGCUGCACACGCCGCCGGCUAUCAAAAUCACGCCCAGUCCCGGUUCCGGUGUGAGUUCUUCAAGCGUCGACUCCUCCCCGCGCGCCAGCAGCUGCAGUACCAACAGCUUCAGCUCAGGCACCUCGCGAGCCACCACCACCAGCGGUGCGGCCGGAGUGUACGAGGCGCUCGGCACCAAGGCCAUCAUCACGGAACAGAAGAAGUUGCAGAACUAUCGCGCUCGACAGGGCAUCUUGGGAGAUCGCUCGGUUGAUGCGAUUGUUUUGGGAGGCGCCUUUGUCUUCAUGUAA